GUCAACCACUCAAGAUGCCCACGUAACUACGCCGGACUGGACAAAAGGAAGCGCCUGGAAAUCGAGAUCCAUCUGCUUUGAAUUUAACUCUCUCUCCUUCUGCUUUCAAUUUAACUCUCUCUCUCUCUCUCGUGGCAUCGACGACUUGAUCGACGACUUGAUCCUCGCGUGUUUCAUGUCUCGUUUGACCAGGCCCCGAUCGAGAGCGUUAGACAGUCAGUCGUGCGUUGCUUCCAUGCAGAUUCUCCACACUCGCCGCCGGCCGCUUCGUAUUAAAAAGGCCCUUUAGCUCCUUUGUCUCCAUAAAUUCGAACCUCGAACGCAAAAGGCUCAAUUCUAAGCUCCAGUUCCGGGAUUUUCGGGUUUCGCAAUGGGGAAGGCGUGGGUUUGGUGCUGCGACGGAGUCUCUGCAAUCGUCUUCGCCGUUUCUUAUGUCCUCUCCGUCUUCUUCUUAGCUAUCGUCGGAAGUACGUUGGGAGUGUUCGCGGGAGUUCUGAUCGGCGUGAAAAGCCAGGACAACCUCUUCUACAGCGUGGGGUAUGGAGCAAUUGAAGGCGGCAUGUUCUUGACUAAUGCCUUCAGAAUGUCCAUUUCUUUUUGGCUGUCUGAUGAUUGUUCGUCCAGCAACGUUCUUCACUUGACUGGCCCGACAAGAGGACUCGAUGCUGGAGAAUUUGUUCAACGGUUGUUGCAUAGUCUCGUCCUGUCGAGAUUAGAGCAGACUCUGGCACAUGCCGACAAUAUGACCGGCCAGAACAUGGCAGACCAUGCAAAUGUAUCGAAGAAUUCGUGCGGCAGGAUUCCUAGGAUUAGAAUAGCAGAGGACGACUUGAUGGAUUCGUCGGGAAAUAGAAACUCCUGCUCAAUAUGCCUUCAGGACUUCGAAUGUAAAGAUGAGGCGAGGAGAUUGCCUAACUGCUGCCACUUGUUUCAUAUGUGUUGCAUCGAUAAGUGGAUUUCCAAGCAAAGAUCUUGCCCUUUAUGUAGAAGUCCCAUAGUUUAGGGGAACUAACCCGGUUCUGCAUUCUUUUCACUCGGGUAGUUUAAGCAGGUCAUCCAUUCUUUCGUUUCUUGGUUUAUUGUUCCAAUGCAAAACUCGGGUCAAUAUGCCACGAGGGAGCAUUCAAAAUGCAAGACCUGUAAACAAAUCCAAAUGGAAGGGUCAUAAUUUGUUCUUCGAUCCCAA